CAUACAAACAGCAAGGUACAAUUGGCGCCAACUUGAGAUUGAGACGCAAAAACAAGGAGAUCCAAAAAUUACCGUGGAAGAAGAAUGCGAGUUCCAUUUCGAGAUUUGCCAUGAGCAGUCCACGCCCCGUGGCAGCCGAGAACGAGACGCGAGCCGUCGCCCGUGACGUCAUGGAAGACUCAAGCAGCGAGCACGACAGUGCCGACGAAUACGACAUCUUGUAUCCGGACCCGCGCGGCCGAGACAUCAUGGACAACAGCGCGUUCUUGGCCGACUGGAUUCCGGACGUGCCCAUGGACACGACGUUGGCCUUUACGUCGAGCCUGCCCGUGCAAGUAACCGUUCAAGUGGCCUCGUCCUUGGUGCGUCGCGUGACGUACUGUCGAUUCAACUGGAAGACCGAGACGUUGCGCUCAUUUCUCGAGGUGCUGUGCUGGACGAGCGUCACUGGCGUCGCGUACAGCUUACACCGCGACUGGCUCUGGGCCGCUCAGAUUGGCUUUCUCUUUGGCCUCGUCAUGUCGCUCUGCGAUGAAGUUUGCAUCACGGGGGCUCGUUUGCUCUUGCAUCGGAUCGUCGCACACCCCGACGCUCGUUCGCUUCUGCAGCGGGCGGGUUUCGACGUCGCAACGCACAAGCGGCCGUCGGGCAUUGGCAGCGACGAAGCCGUCGCUAUCAAGAACGUCGUAUUCGGUGCCAUGGCACUCGAGACCGUCCAUCAACUGUACCUGAGUACGUCUGAAAACAUCCAGUCGUUUGCUAUCCUCUCUGCAACGAUGGGCGUGGCGUUCGUUCUCAUGGGCGAGGUCUUUUGCCUCUGGCUCCCAACUCGGCGACUUGGACUCACGGUCCAAGCACGCUGGACGCGUAUCCCCAAGAACUGGCAGGUCCACUUUCAACGAUCCCUUCUCGAAAUCACGUGCUGGGUCGCAUGCCUCUCGUAUGUCUACUCGACAACGGCGAGUCUCUACAGCACUAUCGGCUGGAGCUCGCUGCUCGGUAGCGCCCUCUGCAUCGUUGGUGGUCUCGACCCGCUCGAGCACGACGCGAACGAGAGUGAAGAUGACGAGCUGUCGUCGUACUGGUCGGCGUGGGGCGCUAGCAAUGUGUUUGUGGACAGCGCCAACGCGAUUGUCCGACUCCAAGCCUCGUUGCAGCAAGCGCAUUCAUAAUAGCACGUUCUUGGCAUACAUUCUUACCCGUAUAUCAAUACUCUAUUGUGUGGCUUUCUUC